AUGAAGUUCAUUGACAUUUUGUUCGUACUGAGCGCGGCAGCAACCGCUAAUGCAAUACUGGUUUCAGAUAAUAGCAAUGACUCAGCUCAGGCAUCAAGCACUUCCAGUCAAGUGCCUGGUCCAACCAAUAAGCCUAAUCCAGGCACUUCCGGACAAGGCCAGCAAUACUUGUUGUAUCGAACUGGUCCAAGUGUUCCAAAACGAAGUCGAAAACGCCCAAUCAGUGAGCCUGGUCCAAGUGCUCCAAAACGAAGUCGGGAACAAUCAACGAAUCAACCCGGUCCAAGCACUUCCAAUCAAGACCAGCAACAGCCAAUGAACGAAGAAGAGUCGGGAAAUACUGCUCCAAGUCAAGAGGCUGUAUUAAGCGAAGAAGACCAGAAAACCUUGGAUACUCUAAAGCAAGAAUAUGAAGAGUUUAAAGAAGUGGAAAAGAGCAUGUGCCGAGCCUAUUAUGAUAGUGUGUUUCAUCGAUUAAGCCAAUGGGCAGGUUUAAGAAAAGGCAAAGGUAUAUCUGAGCCAAGUUACAGCCCAGAAACUCAACAAAAAUUGAGAAAAGAUUGUGAAGAAGCAGGAAAAGCACUAGAAAGUAUCAAACAACGAUUGAAAAUGUUUAUGGAAGGCUAUGGUUUGAAAUAUGAAGAGCCGGAUUCAGAUUCAGAAGAGUCGAGUUCAGAAGAGUCGGAUUCAGAUUCAGAUUCAGAUUGA